GGGCGGCGGGGCCCGACGGAGCGGCGAGCUGUCAAAGAGGGAUCCCGGCGGCGGGAGCAGCCCGAUGUGCCCCUAGCUGCCGGACCCCCCGGCCCGCCGCCAUGAACACCGAGGAGCAGUACUACGCCUCCGCGCAGCUCUACAAGGAGCCGUGCGCCUUCCAGAGAGCGCAGGAUUACAGCCCCAGCCCCCCCGCCUGCCUCUACGUGGGCCGGCAGCAGCAGGCUCCGUACCCCGGCUCUCUGGGGGCGCUGGAGCAGGGCAGCCCGUCGGACAUCUCGCCCUACGAGGUGCCCCCCAUCAGCGAGGAUGCCGGGGUCUCCCACCUGCAUCACCACCACCAUCACCACCCUCACCUCCCUCCCCCCCACCAGGACGCUCUGCCUUUCGCCGACGGGGCGGACCCGGGGGCGAUGGAGGAGCCUCGGGUGCAGGUGCCUUUCGCCUGGAUGAAGUCCACCAAGUCGCACGCCUGGAAGGGGCAGUGGGCAGGGGGUUCCUACGUGGUGGAGCCGGAGGAGAACAAGAGGACGCGGACGGCCUACACGAGGGCUCAGCUGCUGGAGCUGGAGAAGGAGUUUCUCUUCAACAAGUACAUCUCCCGACCGAGGCGGGUGGAGCUGGCCGUCAUGUUAAACCUGACCGAGAGACACAUCAAGAUCUGGUUCCAGAACCGACGGAUGAAAUGGAAGAAAGAAGAAGACAAAAAGCGGGGGACGGCCAACAGCGCUGAUCCCGAGCAGGACUGCGUCGUGUCCUCCGGGAAGCUGCAGGGCAAAGAGGAUCUGCAGCCGUGACCGCGGCCUCCGGCAACCCCUCCAGCCCGGCCCCGGCCUCGCUCCCGGACGGCGGAGGGACCCUCGGGGCCCCGGGGCAGCGCUCGGGGCCGCUUUCUCGGAGGAUCCGUGGCGCUUCUCCCCUCGGAGCUCCCCGAGCCGAAGCGGUGUGCGGGGCCGGGACCGCGGUGCCCCGGGGGAGGCGGAUCGCGGGUGGCCGACACCGACGGCGGCCGCGGCCCCGGAAGCGCGGAGCGGGCACCGCAGGAAGGGGAGCGGGGCCGGGCGAGGGGCUCUGCGGGUCGCCCCGCCGCUCCGAGGGGCUCCGCGGCAUCGGUUCCGCAGGGGACUUCCGAAAGAAAUCGGACUGGUGCUCGGUUCUUCGGCAACGCGGUUUGUUUCUUUUUCUUCUGACUUUGGGAAAGGGAAAGGAAAAAAAAAAGGGGGGGGGCGGAGGGGGGGAAGGGGGGAAUAAAAAAAAAAAGAGAGAAGAAAAUAAUAAUAAUAAUAAUAAUAGAAAUAAAAAAGGCCGAGCUUCCUGCGGGCAGGAUUUGGAAGGUUUCUCUCCCCGAUGACACCGGGCGCACACACUGCCGUCGGGGCCCGGCGAUGCGGGGCCGCUCUCCUGGCCGGGGCUCGCCGCGGAGGUCGGAGGCAGCGGCGGGAGGGGAUAGUUUCCUUCCGAGGAAAAACUCCUUCCCUUCUCCACCGUUUCCCGACGUCCGGCCGUCGGGCAGGAACCCCACAGCGCCUUUUCUUCCCUGCGCGACUCCGGCGCUGCGCGGUUUUGUUUUCUCUGCGGCCAACGCGUUACGGCCCGGAGCGGUUCGGGGCCGCGGCUGUUCGGGGUUCCUUCUGAAGCCCGAGAAAAGCGGUUUGGAGCGGGGAAAGGUGGCGUUUCUCUCUCGUUCGCUGAGGAAAAGCUGUGCCGACAGCGGGAUUUCGUAGACGCGAAACGAACGGUUCCCAAACCAGCGCUGGAAAUCGAAUUGGACGGGAGGAAGGCGGCUCUUAGCAGUUUCUUUUCCCAUCUUGCGUGAAGCGUUUGCCUGUAAGGUGUCGUUCUGCUCCCUUUCUUUGCUUGGGGGCAUUAAUACGUGCUCACAAACACGUUCCUGGCCUUUUUCCUUGCACGUUGUGCAGCACCAGGCCUGGAUCUCUUCAGUCACCCAAACGCCGUCAACGAGUGAGAGCUUUGCUAACGAUUCUACGAGCGAACUUCCAAUAAAGCUGCUCUGCCGAAGAACCAAACCCAGAGGAGCAACCCAAGUAACGCUGCCCAGACCCUGUGGGGACCAAGAUACCAUUUUAAACCUCAGCACUACUCCUCGCCAUUAGUUUCACAUCAGCCUGCCACUAGAAGCACCCCCUGGAUCUGUUUCCAAACGCCUUCUGUGUUGGCUACACCGAAGCGGCACUCAGGGAGCCCCUAUGAGAAUAGAUCCAGCUGCCAACAGGCGAUCCUUCAUGCCGAGAGAUGGGGUUUUCUACUAAGAUCCCAAUGGGGGCAUCUUGCUGGGUGAGCAGUGGAUGUGGCAGCAGAGAUGUGCCCGUCCUUUUCCCGGCACAACGCGUUUGGUUUCAGUUUUCUCCGUGCUCUGCUGUAACGAUGGAGACUUUCUGAACUGUGCUGAGUUUGCUCCACCUGACCACGAGGCCAAAGUAUUUCUGCAAGUGAAAGUAGAACCAGCUCUACAUGAUUUAGUUGUAAUGAAUAAAAUCUUUUUCUUUAAAGAAUUGACGUA